AUGCUGGGAAGUUGGUCGGCAGCAGGUGAUUGGAAGCAAUCAGUCAGUGUUGCUACUGGAAUAAAAAAUCUAGUUGGCGACGAAGUCAAAGUCGUCUACUCAAAAGGAGCGAAUAUAAUCGAUGAUCCUGAUAUUCUCAAGCAAUUAAAUGCGAGUGGCGGUGAUAUCAUCUUAGAUGAUCAAUCACCAGAAAUACUCAUAGAACAAGCCGUGUGCGAAACACAAAACGCCGAUAUAAUUGUGGCUGUACUGGGCGAGUCUCAAGGAAUGUCAGGAGAGGCUGCCAGUCGAUCGGAUAUCGAUUUACCAGAAAAUCAAAAAAAAUUGUUACGAGUCCUGGUUGACACGGGAAAAUCAGUGGUGUUAGUAUUGAUAAAUGGGCGCCCAUUGAUUUUGACCUGGGAAAACGAUCAUGCAGCUGCUAUAUUAGAAACGUGGUUUCCAGGCACAGAAGCAGGAAAUGCCAUAGCUGAAGUGUUGUUCGGUGAAUAUAAUCCAUCUGGUAAACUCACAGUAACAUUUCCACGAAACGUCGGACAGAUACCAGUUUAUUACAACCAUAAAAAUACUGGUAGACCCUAUGACGGUCACAGUAUGGAGAAAUAUAAAUCCCGAUAUUUGGAUGUUUCAAAUGAUCCGUUGUAUCCGUUCGGAUUUGGUUUAAGUUACACGACGUUUGAAUAUAGUCCUCUAAAACUCGAGAAAACAAAUUUGACAGGCGAUCAGUUAUUAACUGUUCGUGUUUUAAUACGCAAUAGUGGCACAUAUGCUGGGGAAGAAGUUGUUCAGUUAUAUAUCCAUGAUCCUGUAGCGAGCGUUACACGGGCAGUGAAGGAAUUAAAAAACUUUGAGAAAAUUUUCUUACAGUCGACAGAGCAUAAAGAAGUGGCAUUUGAUAUUACUGUGAAUGACUUGAAAUUUUAUAACAGUGAUUUGCAGUAUGAUAGCGGAAUAGACAUAGGUCCAGCUGUGGGAACAGUAACUGUGGAGAAAUAUUUGCUAAAUAAGUCUGCCUUUUCCUGA